AUGCCAGGAUACCUGCAGCAGCAGAUCGAUGCUACCAACGGUGAUUUAAAACUUAGAUUUGGUAUUUUUAUAGGCGAAAGCCUUCGCAAAUACUUCCCCAACCUGAUCACGAACUACCUGUACCCAUCGCUGACGCUGCUUCGCUCGCGGCUGACGGAGCUGGUGGUGUCCAUCGACUCGCAAUUAGUGCUGAAGUGUUUAGAACUCCUGGACUACCGCAUGCGGCCGCUGACUGGGAAGGACGACCGUCCGCCGCCUGGGGCCGCUUUUAUUGCUAUGCUACCUCGUGCUGAAGUGUUUAGAACUCCUGGAUUACCGCAUGCGGCCGCUGACUGGGAAGGACGACCGUCCGCCGCCUGGGGCCGCUUUCAUUGCUAUGCUACGGGGAAGAAGGACGGUGUAUCCAUCGACUCGCAGCUGGUGCUGAAGUGUUUAGAACUCCUGGAUUACCGCAUGCGGCCGCUGACUGGGAAGGACGACCGCCCGCCGCCUGGGGCCGCUUUUAUUGCUAUGCUACCCAAACUAGCGCCGUGCUGGGUGGUGUGGGCGGUGAUAUGGUCCGUGGGCGCAACGUGCGACCACAACGGGCGCGCGAUAUUCUCCGAAUUCAUGCGCAAGCUCACCGAGGAGAACGGCCUGAAGCCGCUGUUUCCUAAGGAGGGACGCGUGUAUGAUUAUACAUUACACGACGGAGGUUUCACUGACCCGACCGAUGAUGGAGAGCCAGCCAACCCGUACUGGUACAACUGGAUGGCCAAUAUGGAGGAGUAUGAGGUCGACCCUGAGUGGCAGUUCGCAGAUAUCGAAGUCCCCACGCUAGACAAUGUACGCAGCGCGGCUAUGCUCGGCUACAAGAUAGCUAACUACAACCACGUGAUCUGCGUCGGGCCAACGGGUACUGGCAAGACUGUCACGAUCACGUCGAAAUUGUCACGCGGGCUGCACAAAAAGUUUAUAUGCGAGUUCAUCGUGUUCUCCGCUAGGACUUCGGCUAACCAGACCCAGGACGUGAUAGACAGCAAGUUGGAGCGUCGGCGGCGCGGCGUGUUCGGGCCGCCGCCCACCAAGCGGCAGGUGUUCUUCAUCGACGACCUCAACAUGCCCGCGCUGGAGGUGUACGGCGCGCAGCCGCCCAUCGAGCUGCUCAGGCAGUUCAUGGACUUCUCUGGCUGGUACGACCGCACGAACAUCGGCGAAUUCAAGAUGCUGGUGGACGUGGGUAUCGUGGCCGCCAUGGGCCCGCCCGGCGGCGGCCGCAACCCCGUCACCAUGCGCCUCAUGCGACACUUCCACUACGUCUCCUUCACCGAGAUGGAGUACGCCAGCAAGUACGCAAUAUUCAACACAAUCCUGUGCUCGUGGACGCGCUUCAUCGAGAAAGACGUGAAAGUCCGCGAGGGGCCGUUCCUCAAAGCAUCCAUAGACAUCUUUGCGUCGCUGGUGGAGGAACUGCUUCCCACGCCUACCAAGUCGCACUACACCUUCAACCUGCGAGACCUGAGCAAGGUGUUCCAGGGGAUACUUAUGAUGGAUCCACAUGCCGUCAAGGACGAAGACGACGUGAUCCGACUAUGGUACCAUGAGCACCAGCGCGUGUAUCAAGAUCGUUUGGUUUGCACAGAAGAUCGCGUUUGGUUCGUGAACCUGCUGAACAAGAAGAUUCGUACGGAGUUUGGGAAGAAGGCAGCGGAGGUGGUUGGCGGUAGACUGAUGCUGUUCGGAGACUUUAUGGACAUCGGCGCGGAUGAACGGAAGUACGUCGAGAUUACUGACCAGGAGGAGAUGGACUACGUGCUAAGCCACUACCUAGUGGAAUACAACUUAUCCACAACGGUUCCAUUGGAUCUGGUGCUGUUUGAAGAUGCCGUGGGUCAUCUGUGUCGGGUUGCCCGCAUUAUGAGGCAGCCGAUGGCUAAUGCUUUGUUGCUUGGGAUGGGUGGCUCUGGUCGUCAGUCCCUCUCCCGUCUUGCCGCCAACAUGGCGGAGCUGACGUGCAUCCAGAUUGAGAUCACCAAAGCGUACGGCCAGACCGAGUGGCGCGACGACCUCAAGCAAACCAUGAUGAAGGCAGGCGCUGACAACCGCGGCAUUGUGUUCCUGUUUUCGGACGCGCAGAUAAAAAUGGAGUCCUUCCUGGAAGACCUGAACAACAUCCUCAGCUCAGGCGACGUUCCAAACAUCUACGAGGCGGAGGAUCUCGACAAGAUCUACAUGUCAGUGCGGCACGCUGUUAUGGAGAUGAAUCUGGCGGCGACCAAGACCAACCUGUUCGCUUGCUACCAGCGCCGCGUCCGCAGCAACCUGCAUAUUGUGGUGGUCAUGAGUCCUGUGGGAGAGAUAUUCCGCGCGCGCCUCCGCCAGUUCCCGUCGCUGGUGAACUGCUGCACCAUCGACUGGUUCAGCGAGUGGCCCAAGUCGGCGCUGGAGUCGGUCGCCACGCACUUCUUCCACAACAUGGGCGAGCUCGUCACCACCGACGAGAUCAUCGACUCCAUGGUGUCGGUGUGCUGCUUCGCCCACCAGUCCGUCGUCGACGCCAGCGCCAGAUUCCUGGCUCAACUGAACCGGCUCAACUACGUCACGCCCAUGUCGUACAUGGAAAUGCUUGGCGCCUACGCGGAGAUGUUUCGCAAGCAGCGCCAGAACAUACUCAACGAGUCCAAUGCGCUUAAGACUGGUUUGGACAAGCUGAACCAGACGGAAGUAGAAGUGAAGCAGCUACAAAUAGAGUUGGCCGAGCUGAAACCACUCAUGGAAAAGGCUGCCGAGGAGACCAGGAAGGUCAUCGACCAGAUCGCCAUCGACACGGCUAUAGCAGAAGAGGCCCGCAUCAAAGUAGAAAAGGAACAGUCAGUGGCAGAGAAAAUGGCCGCGGAAACCACCGCUAUGGCUGAGGACGCGCAGAGAGACUUGGACGAGGCAAUGCCCGCUCUCCGCGCGGCGGAGAACGCGUUAAAAGAGCUGAACCGCAACGACAUCGUGGAGGUGAAGGCGUUAAAGAAGCCGCCCGGUGGAGUCGUGCUCGUCAUCGAGUCGCUGUGCGUGGUGUUUGACAUCAAGCCUAUCAAGGAACCCGGCGCCUCAUUCGGCGAGAAAGUCCUCAACUACUGGAAGCCCGGCUCGCAGAUGUUAGCCGACCCGACCGCCUUCCUGGACUCGCUCAUGAAGUUCGACAAGGAGUCCAUCACCGAGGACAUGAUCAAGAAGCUCAAGCGGUUCAUCGCCAACCCCGACUACGAGCCCACCAAGAUCCUAAAGGUGUCCAAAGCGUGCAUGUCUCUAUGCAUGUGGGUGCACGCCAUGUAUAAGUUCUACCACGUCAACAAGGCUGUAGCGCCUAAGAAAGAGGCUUUAGAACGCGCCACUAAGGACUUAGCGGCUGUCGAAGCAAUGUUGGCCAACGCCAAAGCGAAGAUGCAAGCGCUGCUCGAAGGCAUAGCCAAGCUGAACGCGUACUUACAGGAGAAGGAGGAAGAAAAGCGCAAAAUGGAGGAAGACAUUAACCAGUGCUUGGCCAGAAUGGACCGCGCCAACCGGUUGCUGAACGGGCUGUCGAGCGAGCGAGUGCGCUGGAUAAGCACGAUUAAGAAAUUGGACGUGGACAUCGUCAGCUUGAUCGGGGAUAUUCUGAUCAGCGCUUGCGCUGUCGGCUACAUAACACCAUUCACUGAUGAGUUCAGAAGAGAGUUACUUCAUGAAUGGAUGAAGCAUAUGGAGGAAGUAGCAGUCCCUCACACAGAUGGCGCCACUCCGCUUUCAAUUCUUGGGGAUCCUGUGCAAAUCAGAACGUGGCAGAUGUACGGUCUGCCGCGAGACCCGCUGUCGGUGGAAUCUGCUGUACUGAUGUCUAACUCCCGGCGCUGGCCUCUCAUCAUAGACCCGCAAACGCAGGCUAACAAGUGGAUCCGCGCUAUGGGCAAAAUCGAAGGCCUAGUGGUUUGCAAGCCGAAUGACCGCGACCUGCUUCGGAACUUCGAGUCUGCGCUGCGCUUCGGGAAACCCAUUCUUUUGGAGAAUGUCGGGCAAGAGUUGGACCCCGCAUUGGACCCGGUUUUGAAGCGGCAAUACUUCCGCCAAGCCGGCCAGAUGGUGCUCAAACUGGGCGACUCUCUCAUCCCCUACAUGCCAGGCUUUCGUCUCUACAUCACCACCAAGCUGCCCAACCCGAAGUACACCCCUGAAACCUCCGUCAAAGUGCAGAUAGUCAACUUUGCGCUGGUGCCCAGUGGUCUAGCAGAACAGUUGCUAUCCAUAGUAGUAGCACAAGAGCGUCCAGACUUAGAAGAGCUGCGCGGUCAGCUGAUCGUAUCUCGCGCGCAGAUGUCAGCUCAGCUGGCUGAGAUGCAAGCCGAUAUUUUAUACGGGCUGUCCAAUAGCGAGGGAUCGCCUGUGGACGAUGUACCGCUCAUCCUCACGUUGGAAGCGAUCAAGAUCAAGAGCGCUGAGAUCCUGAUAAAAGUGGAAGAUAUAGAAAGGACCACGAUCGAAAUUGACGUGGCGCGAGAAGACUACGUGCCGGUGGCCAACCGAGGGCAGAUUCUCUUCUUCUGUCUAUCAGGCAUGGCCAACGUUGACCCCAUGUAUCAGUACUCGCUCGAGUGGUUCGUCAAACUGUUCAUACGCAGCAUGGCUGAGACCGAGCCUAAUGAGGACAUAAUGGAACGCGUGUACAUAAUAAUCGAGCACUUCACUUUCUUGCUAUACGUGAACGUGUGCCGCAGUCUGUUUGAGAGGCACAAGCUGUUGUUCGCGUUUCUGCUGUGCGCGCGAAUUCUGCUCGACCGCGGCGCGAUCAGGCUCAUAGAGUUCAACUUCUUGCUGAACGGGGCUAAGAUUGAGGAGGAGCUGGAGAACCCCGAACCGAAGUGGGUGUCAGAGAGGAUGUGGCUGGACAUGCAGCAGCUGGCCUCCAUUCCCACCAUGAAGCAGUUCGUGCUGGAAGACUUCCCCAACCAGAUCAAGUUCUUCCGGACUUAUUAUGACGCCUGGAACCCGCACAAGCUCCCAUUCCCGAAACCAUUGGACACUCAACUGGACGCUUUCCAGAAGUUGCUGGUUUUGAAGUGUUUGCGGCCUGACAAGCUGGUUCCAGGUCUCCAGGAUUACGUGGUGGUGGGCCUGGGCGGGCGCUUCGUCGAACCACAGCCAGCUGACUUAGCGGCGCUAUACGCGGAGUCCGACCCGCUAGCGCCCAUCAUUUUCGUACUUUCUACUGGCACCGACCCUGCUGCUGAUCUGCUGAAAUUUGCUGACAAGAUGAAGAUGGGCAAGCGCUUCGAGAGCAUCUCGCUCGGGCAGGGCCAGGGCCCGCUGGCCGAGGCCAUGAUGCGAGUCGGCUGCGACUUCGGCAACUGGGUGUUCUUCCAGAACUGCCAUUUGUCGCCAUCUUGGAUGCCGGUGCUGGAAUUAAAUGUCGAGCAUAUUCAACCGGAAUUGGUUCAUAAGGAUUUCCGUCUGUGGCUGACCGCUAUGCCUUCCCCACACUUCCCAGUAGCAUUACUGCAGAAUGGCUACAAAAUGACAGUGGAGCCACCUAGAGGAAUCAAGGCGAACUUGCUGAAGGCCUACAUGAACCAAGUGCCUGACUUUGCGGAUUACUUCAACUCUUCGGACAGCAAAGUUCCUAAUUUCAAGUGGCUGCUAUUCUCGCUGUGUUUAUUCCACGGUGUGGUUCUUGAGCGGCGAAAGUUCGGGCCGCUCGGCUUCAACAUCCCCUACGAGUUUACGGACGGCGAUCUUCGCAUCUGCAUCUCACAGCUUCAUAUGUUCCUUACUGAGUACACCGAGGUGCCGUUAAGGAUGUUGACUUACACCGCCGGGCACAUAAACUACGGCGGGCGCGUGACCGACGACUGGGACCGCCGCUGCCUGCUGUGUCUGCUGGCCGACUACUACUCCACGCAGGUGCUGUCCGACCGGUAUAUGUUCGACGAGAGCGGCGCUUACAAACAG